AUGGACGAUCAGCGAGUUGUGCGACUCACUGAGACCGGAGAGCGAGUCGGUGUUCCUUUGGUUCGAGCAAGAGAUGAGGAGAAUCGUCUUGUUACCAGCGCCAGACAAACCGAUCGAAUUGAUGCUGAUGAUUUGGUGGCUCUGGCGAAUCAGCUGAACAAUGCCAGGCAACUCGUCAAAGGUCGCGCGUGCGAUCGUCUCAAACACAUCGCCCAGCAAAUGGAGCAGCUUCAUGUGGCGGCGAGAUGUGUGCUAGAAGAAGCUCAACGCGACGAGGAGCUCCACAACGUGGCAUGCAAUAUGCAGAAGCAGCCGGGACGAAUUUACCAUUUGUAUCAGAAGCGGCCGACGAUGGAAAAGUACUUCUCGAUGUUGGCACCUGAUGAAUGGGGGAAGUUGGAGAAGAAGGAGGACUACCUUGGAUCCUAUCGAUUGGAGUAUGAUAGGAGUUGGACGCCGGUUGAUGAGAUGGAGCAGAAGGACGCUGAAGUGGCGAGGAUCCAGCGACUCUUGCAGCGAGGCGGACCAUCUCAACUCACCUGGGAAUAA